GUCAAUUCCGGAGCAGGCAGUUGGAGGAGAGGGCGAGUUGUGUUCCAAUGUCAUUUCCGUAAUGGAUGUAAAGUAGUAGUUUGUAGGGGGAAAAAAAGAAUAAAAAAUCAAUGGGAAUGUGAUGGAACCCCGAGCAAUCACAGAUUAUGGAGCGCAGCAGAGAGGCGGUUAGCAUCUGCCAACACAUUCAUGUUCAGUUACAAGGUGGAGCUCCAUGGGGUUUUACCCUAAAAGGGGGACUGGAACAUGGAGAGCCCCUCACCAUCUCGAAGAUUGAAGAUGGAGGGAAAGCUGCUUUGUCGAAGAAGCUACAGGUCGGCGAUGAAAUUAUAAACAUCAGUGGCUCCCCACUAUAUGGCUCCAGGCAGGAGGCACUCAUCCUUAUUAAAGGAUCUUUCAGAGCACUGAAGAUGGUGGUGAAAAGGAGAAGUGGUCCAGGGAUAAGACCUUACACAUGGCACCUGGCCAAGUUAUCGGAGACGCAACCUGAGGCUACUAUGAUGCCCUAUUCAUCAGGGUCUUUAAGUCUGUCGUGGCAUUCGGGAUAUGACUCCAGUGACUUUCCUAUGCAGUGGGAUCAACUAGCUCUCCGUCACAACUUGGAUCAAAGGAGCUCAUUCGGAAGUAUGGACAGCCUUGACCAACCUAACCAAAGUUGUGACCAAAGCACGUAUCCUAACAAAAGAGAUUCUGCCUACAGCUCAUUUUCUGCAAGUUCUAACACCUCUGACUACACUGUCUCGUCAUCAAUUAAGACAGAUGAGUCUGCUUCCAUGGACAGUAUAUUGCAUGGUUUGGGACCAUGGCUACCAACAAGGUAUGGGGACACCCAGUACCAGCAAAGUGGAAGUGAGGGUGGGGAGCCACCAGCUGAGGAACAGCUAUGUUCACACUGUGGGAAGGGGUCAUCUGAAAGAGACAACCUACCACCAUCCCAUGUACGUGAAGCGAAUGCUCCAGGCUCUACCAGCUCAGCCCCUCCACCACCGCCUGUUCGCAGGGAAAGUUUUGUGGCAACCAAAGCUCGCUCUGCAUCUGUGUGUGUGACGAGUUCUGAGGCAUUUAGAACAACAAACUUGUUGCUUCAUCGUGGUAGGUGGACUUCUGAAACCUUGUUAUCAACAAGGAAUAAGGAUUCUGUGGGAGACUGUUGUGUUCCUAAUAGCUCUACUGGCACUUCCCAGCACUGUAGUAAAUCCGUGUCAAGUCAUUGUCCAGUAGAAUGUUGCUGUCAGUUGAGGGAACAACCAAGGCACAACUGUCAUCCUCACAGGCAAGGUGAAGAAAUGAUUUCUCAUGAAAAUACAACAUAUCCUGGAAAAUCCAAUCGGUAUUUAAUGGGGCAGUUGGAAUUAUGCAACUUAAUUGAUCCGUCAUUAGUUGCCCGUCAAUACCAGAAUCUAAAUCAAACGGAUCCGUGUGAAAGAUUGACUUUGAAUUUGCAUAGACACAGUGCACCUGAGAAGUUAUUGUCAGUGCAACUGCAUUCACCAAUGAUUUCGGACGGUAAUAAAAAUGGUUUGGGAAUAUUGUGUAAUCAGGAAAGAGGUGAAUGGCCCAAUAGUAUGCCUUUACCUCAGGAUGGAUAUCAGUCCAAUGUUGGGCUUCCUUAUAAAGCUUUGAACAAAAUUGAUUCGACAUUUGAAAAGCAGAUAAAAGAGAUUCCUUUGAAGUCUGAAUGCAAACUGAAGGGAAAUCAACACGAUGUUGGUGCCUCUACUUGCAGUCACUGUUUAGAUAGUCAAGACCUUUCUUCUUGCAAGACUCAACACAGUCAAACAAGUUGCAGAGGUGUAUCUGUUGAAAUGAUAGCCCAUCAGCAGGUACCACCAAUACCAUCUGAUCCAAUGAGUGAAGUUGGAAGUGCAUCCUCAAGUAAUAAUAUUGUAGAAACUGAGGCAGAUUUGGAAGAAAUCAAGAACGAAACUGUCCGAAAUGCCCGGGUAUCAAGUUCCAGAGCAGCCAGAAUGCGACGCAAAAGUGACCGCUUUGCCACAAAUUUGCGGAAUGAGAUACAAAUGAAGAAAGCUCAGCUCCAUAAGAAAUGUGGUGCUGCACUACUGCAGAUGGAGGAAGCUUCCGAAGAAAUGAGUGAGCCAAGCGAGAAGCCAUCCACUUUCUAUACUUGUAUAAUAGAUAAGUCUGAGGCCAACGACAUAGCAGAGGAAGCUACCAGUAUGAAGCCACAGACAACCAGUCGCAAUAAAAACCUGGAUAACGUGGCAGAAGAUCAUAAUACUGGAAGUAUGCAUUUCUGUUCAUUGACCAGCAAUUCCAAUAUUUCACCAGACAAAUGCAAAACAGAAAUAGAUUCAGUAUCCCAAAGCUUUGAACAGAAGACUGCACAGGAAUCUUGGGGAGGUGACCUCAGGAGUUGGACAUCUGAAAAUAAGCUGGAGUGUCAAGGUAAGGUGAUGAAGGCAAGUGGGGCAGAUGAGAUGAAACAGUGUACAAUGGCAUCGUUGCAGGAACCAGAUACCUCCCCAUUAAUGCCCUUUGCAGAGAGGAGAAAAUUCUUUGAAGAAACUAGUAAAAGCUACUCGGGAUCUGAUUCUUGCAAUUUUAUAGCUCUAAAGAAUAAAUCAAAUUCCAUAGGAAGGUCGAAAGGUCAGCAUUUAUACAGCAAGUUGCACAUGCUUCCAUGUGAUGAUCUGAUGCAGUCUGAUGAGGCCACCUUCCAAGUCUCUACAGGCAGUGUCAGCCAAUGCUCUGAGAAACAUCCAGCUUGUUCAUCUCAAGACUCGGAACAACAAAAACACUACACUCGAGUGAAACAACGUGAACAGACAUGUGAACAUUUAAAGCCACUCAAACCAAAUAUUUCAAGCACUUUGAAAGACCAUUGUGUGUCUCAUAUUCAACAGAUACAACCCCCCACCAAAGGUCCAUCAAUAUGUUAUCAGGAUUGUCAUUCAGAUGAUGGUCACCUCGAAGAACCUCGAUCUACCACAAGACUCAAACAGGUGCCACCCACUUUACCCAAGGGAUAUCCGGUGGAAAAACUGGAUCUGAUUGAGAUAAUAAACAGGAAGUUUUCUUCACCAGAAAGAGAAACAAAGAUACAGUGUGUAAGCAGCGUGCAAGAGGCACAUUCUGAAUCCAAGUCAAAAGGGAAUCUCGAGGAUGAGUGGAAUACAUUGCCAAGGGAAUCCAAGCAGGAAAGUUCUUUGGAGACACCCAUCCCAUCUGCUGCAUUGCCUUUGCCUUAUCCUGCAUACUCCGCACACGCUCCCCAAAGUGAAGUUGGCUGCAAUUGUACUGGCCAAGAUAUUGGUUGCGAAUCACCUACUGUAUUGAGAAAGUUUGAAGGAGAGAAACGUGCCUCACAUGAUUUUGAAGCAUGUAGACAUGGUGAUUUAUCUACCAACAAAAAAAAGAAAAAUCCUCCACCACUGAGACCUCCACCACCAGACCUGGAGAAAUACAGAUUGCAGAAACUGUCUCAGCAUGAAACAAUUGAUUUGGGAAAACAACAGUCCCAAACACAAUUGCAACAUAGCACAUCAGAUUUGGAAUUGCACCAAUCUAGGAACUUGUCUCAGCAUGAACUGAAAGUUUCAGACAAGUUCCAAUUCAAGAAACCACCUCGAUGUGAAUUGGAGAAUUUUGAAAAGGGCCAGAAAAUAUCGCAAUGUGAAUUACCAGAUUUGGAAAAUUCCCAGACCAGGAAACCAUCCCAUCAUGAAUUGGAGGAUUUGGAAAAGUACCGGUUCCAAAAAGUGCCCCAGCAUGAGUUGCCAGAUUUGGAUAUGUUACAGCCCCGGAAAUCACCUGCACGUGAAUCGACAAAUGUGAAUAAGUACAGAUCUCGGAGUCUGGGACAACACGGAUUGCCAGAUACAGACAAGAUUCUACCACAAAAACUGUCCCAGCACGAAUUAUCAGAUGUGGGCAGAUAUCCAUCCAGGAAAUUGUCCCAGCACGGAUUGAUAGAUAUGGAGAGCUAUCCACCCAGACAACUGGCCCAGCACGAAUUGACAUAUCUGGACAGUUACCCACCACGGAAACUAUCCCUCCAUGAAUUGCCGGAUAUAGACAGGUACCCACCCUGGAAACUAUCCCAGCAUGAAUUGCCGGAUAUAGACAGGUACCCACCCAGGAAGCAGUCCCAGCAUGAGUUGCAAGACAUGGAUAGAUAUCCACCUCGGAAACUGUCCUACCAUGAAUUGCCGGAUAUAGACAGAUAUCAAUUCUGGAAACUAUCUCAGCACGAAUUGCCAGAUAUUGACAGAUAUGCACCCCAGAAACUGUCCCAGCAUGAAUUGCCAGAUGUGGACAGGUAUCCAGCCAGGAAACUGUCUCAGCACGAAUUACCGGAUAUGGACAAGCAUCCAACCCGGAAAUUGUGCCAACAUGAAUUAUCAAAUGCAGGCCAUAUUCCACCCAGGGAACUGUGCCAACAUGCAUUACCUGAUAUGGACAAAUACCAGAGCCGAAAGCUGUCAACACACGAAUUGCAAGAUUUACACAAAUACCAGCACCGGAAGCUGUCUCUGCAUGAAUUGCCAGAAAUGGAAAAGUACCAGUUUCGAAAACUAUCUCUGCAUGAAUUGCCAGACUUGGAUAAAUAUCGGUUACAGAGAGGUGCUCAGUAUGAAUUGGAUCCUGUGUUAAUCUCACAGCCCGCAUCUAUGAUUUGGAAAAAGUCUGAACCAAUCACUGAGAGGGAAACAUGGACUUAUUCAGACCCAUCUACAAACGCUGGAUCUGCUGGGAACAUUGCAACACGAUAUUCUCAUCCAUCACAAAUGUGUGCAGAUUACUCAAUGGGCUUUGAAUACAGGUAUCCAGGAUCCAAUUUCAUUAAUCCAAGAUGUUUAGGACCUUCCUCUUUAGUUCCUGUUCCAGGCGAACAUAUGAUCUCUUCCUUGUAUAAUUAUAAGUCAAAUAGGCCAGCGAUGAAAUUGGCAGUGCCCCUGGAGAGUGAUGUCACAUCAAGAACUCAAAAAUUAAUGGAUUCAGCGGGAGUGGGGACAUCCAGAGGGGGAAGAAACUGGCCAUUUGAAGGAGAGCAUCUCUACCACCCAGACAACAUGCCAUCUGCAAAGAAUGAGGUGGAUCUAGGCUGUCAACGAUGUGGAGAGUCAUACUCCAGUAUUGUCAGCAGACAAGAUGAAAGGUGGGAAGAUUCAGAAAUUUACGUUAAACCUGUCACCAAAUCGCAAAGAAACAUUAUCCAAAGCCCCUCUUGGGAUCCUGGUGAGGGAAUUGAGACUGUGAGGUGCUGUCCGGAUAUGAAGUGCAGACCUCCCACUGAGUUCACAUCUGAGGAGUUACUGAGAGAUAUUGCUGGGAAAGACCAAUCUCUGGCAGAUAUUCUGGAUCCAAACUCGAAGAUGAAGAGUGCUGUGGACAUGAUGGGUGGAAUCUUUCCAGAAAGCAAAGAGGAGCUGUCACGGGCACGUGAGCGCAAGAAACGGAAUCCACUACAGCUGAGCCUGAAUGUUAACUCCGAGAGGGUUUCAGUACAGGCUACGUCUCCAACUCCAACAGUUGGCUCAACGACUUGCUCCACCUACUAUAGCACAUCAACUGCUAAGGCCGAGCUGUUGAAUAAGAUGAAGGACCUUCCCAAAAUGGCUGAAGAAUGUUUGGAGGAGGCAGAGGAAGAAGAUAAUAAGUUGAUGGAAAAGAAGCACCAAUUAAUCUGCAGUCUGAGCAGAAAACUUAGUGUGUUGCAUGAAGCCCAGAAGAGCCUCUUGGAAGACAUCAGUGCAAACUGUGCCCUGGGGGCAGAAGCUGAAAGAAUGGUGAACAGUGUCUGCAAACCCAAUGAAUUUGAUAAGUACCGAAUGUUCAUUGGGGAUCUGGAUAAGGUGGUAAAUCUGUUACUGUCGCUCUCUGGUCGACUUGCAAGAGUAGAAAAUGCCUUGAAUAAUUUGGAUCCUGAGACAAAUGAGGAAGAGCGGCAUGCACUGAAUGAAAAGAAAAAACAACUCACAGCACAACUUGAAGAGGCUAAAGAGCUGAAAGAACAUGUGGAUCACAGGGAGCGAGUCGUCCAUGAUAUUCUGGUCAAGCAUUUGUCGGAAGAUGAGCUCCAGGAUUACACUCAUUUUGUAAAGAUGAAAUCUGCUCUCAUCAUCGAGCAGCGAGAGCUGGAAGAUAAAAUCAAGCUUGGUGAAGAGCAGCUCAAAUGUCUGAGAGAAAGCUUAUCUCUCGGAGUAUACAAAGACAACAUCUGAAAUAUAGAUCACAAAAUAAAAGUUGGCCCAUAACUAACCGCAAACCUGUCAUAUUCCAAAGCAAUGGAUUCAUUAUCCAAAUGUGUUAAUAAUCAGUGGCAUGAAAUGCAGAAUUUCUUUGUGAUUGAUGAUUGUGAACUUCAGCCUUAUCAUAUUUGGUGCAAAUAACUUGCGUGAAAGUAAGGAAGUGUUAACGUUCACACAGUUGGUCAUAAGUGCAACCCUGGAUCACAGGGAUUUAGGAUGGUGCCGUGUUAUUUUAGCAUCUGGUAUUGAAUGAUGUGUUUGGAUAGGGCACCUUAAAGACCACAAAUAGCUUAGAGUUCGGAGUUGUUAGGGAGAAAGUCACCUUGGAUUCCUGAUUCUGAUUAUUAUCCAGUAUGGCUUCUGGAAAAAAGAAACAGUGUUGGCUGAGAAUCGUACUGAGCUUGAGUAUGAUGGUUUUUUCAGUUAGUUUGCUUGUUUAAUAUUUGGACUUGUAUAUGUAAAGUGGUGAAUUGAGCAAAGCACUCUAGGGCUGCCAGUGCAAUGUUAAGAAGCUGUGCCUUUAGAAGAAAAUUACAAGGGGAUCAUAAUAAUUUUGACACUAAAUUGAGUUGAAUUUGGGAUAAUUCAAAAUGACUCCUAGUUCAAGCUUUUAAUCAUUUUCUGGAGUUCAGUACUGUGUAUGCUGAAAAUUGCACACGAAGAAUAUUCGUCCUUGGUUACUAUUAAAGUGAAUGGUAUUUGUAAACACAUUUUUUUUACAAAUUCCACUUUUGUAGUUGUUUAAAUUUAUUUUCUGGUUCAGUAUCCACUAUAAGCUGCUACAGUUAACAUUGCAUGGGUCACUUAGCAAAUGCUUGAUAAAACCAAUCAUGGAGACAACUUAUUUAUUGGGAUUUAUACGUUAUUAUUCUUGAAGGGGAAUUGAUGCCAUUUUUUGGUGAGGGGAAUAAUCCAGGUUGCCCAUAAAGUAUUUAGAAUUAAAGUGCUCAGUUUCACAGUCAGAAGCAUUAUAAUAUUGCUAUAUGCAAAUCUCACCCAAAGCUUUGUGAUGCUGCUUUAAGGCAAUAAGUUAAAUAUAUAACAAUCAAAUUUAAAUGUUUUUAAUUUAUUCACAUGGCUUAUUAGUAAAGCCAGUGUUCAGCACACAAAUGAGUAAGACAAACAAUGGAACCUUUGGCUUCAGCAGGAUGACAAGAAAGCGGAAAAGCAUCUACGUUCUAUUAGGCAGUCAGCUUUGCUGCAAGGUGUGCACGUUAGCUAGGGACAGGAUUGGGCUCUACUCCAUUAAUUUUCCUGGGUAAUGAAGCCCGUAGAGAAACAGUGGGAUUUGGUCAAAAUACUGUGGGCAAAUCGUACCCAGGGGGCAUAGGAAAUGAGCAAAGCGAAGCUUCUGAUUUAAAAAAUGACACUUCUAGGUUAAAAAUAUGAGUGAAAUUGCUAAUUAAUCGCAGGCAGCAGAGCCAUGAUUUAUCUAGAAAAUCAUUGCAAAUUUUGAAGUUCAUUGGCAGAUUCACAGGUUAAGAUAGAAUGGGCACACGAUUGUCUCAUCCCAAAUGUCAAUAACAUACUUGGGAAAUAUAAUAGAACAGUGUGCUUGUGGCAUCCAUAGGUUAGUGUGUUAGCAUUACAUUAAUAAUUGUUUUCAUUCCCAUAAUAACUAAACAUAGUUCUUUCAGCAAAUUAUUAAAUGUGAUUAGAAAUGGUCAGGUGUGCGAGUUGAGUUGUGGUUGAGUUCAGCAGAUGCGGAGUAGACCGUACAGAUAUCAGACUAGCAGUUAUUUGUCAUCAAUAUCAAUUUCUGUCACAAUAAAUAUCAAGAUAUUCAUUUUAUUUCCAGCAGGAUUUGAAGAUGAAGUAAAAGGUAUGUGGGGAUGGAUGCUUGACAGGCAUAUUGGAAUAAAGUAGCAGUACAAACUCUACUUGAAAAUGAGUGUUAUCAUGUUAAAAUUAGUAAAGCUUGCAUUCAAAAACUGUAAUUGUUGAAUUUCUACUCAAAUAUAUACUGUUUUUUGUACUUUUGACUGCAGUCCACAGUAGUCCAUGAGACUUAUUAUCAGGGUGUCGCAAUCAGUAUUUUGUUCAUUAGAUAAAUCUUCAGUAUUGUGAAAGUGCAGAUUGAAUGUUUUCAGGAUUUCAUUUGAAAUUUGGCAUUGAAGCAAAUUUCUUUCCUGAACGAAUGGCCCUGAUAGAUAAUCAAGGCACAAGUUACAGAUUUGCCAGAGAUCUGCCAAAUGUAUUCCUGAAGUCUGUUUUAUUGUUUCAUGUUUUCCCCAACAUAAGUCAACCAGACCAAAAGACAUGUCAGACCAUUGCUCUAUGCCACAGCUUAAGUCCCAUUCAGACAAAUUAGGACAGAUAGUCAGGAAAUUGAAGUAUGCAUUAAUGAUUGAUGAUUAGAAAGUUAAUUGUGAGAGCAAGAUGCAGGGAAGGGCAUAUCGGUAGCAGCGGAUAUGUUAUUGUGGCAAGGUUUAUGCUGGGCUGGGAGAAAACAUUCCUAUCCCCUUCAGCCACACAAAGUUAACCUGAUGAAAGUUUUAUGCCUUGUAUCUGGGUCCAGAAAUCUGGUCUGCCUAUCUUAAAAAGAAUCUGGAUAAAAAUGGAGCCUCCUGGUGUCCUUUAAAAAUAUGUAAGAACUCAACCACUGCCCAAGAUCACAUUGGUAACGCUGGCCACCACUCGGUAUUCAUUAAACCAGAACUGAAGCCUGAUUGAUGAAAGUCUUUACACACUAUGAGAAGCUGAGCGACCAUUUCCUGUUACUAUUAGAUAAAUAUUUAAAUUGUAUGCCGUUUAUCAAUAUUUUCAUUUCACCACGUUCUUUAUUUUCAGUAUUUCACCACGUUCUUUAUUUUCAGCAUUUUGUUUUGAGUAAUGUGUGGGAUUUCUUUGUCCUGUAUGGCCUUAAAGAUAUCACAAAGCAGAAAAAUAAUGUAUCUAAUCCUGUGCCACUGAUUACAGAUUAGAAAUCACAGGCAAUAUUACAAGGCCAGUGCUUUAUAUUUUAAGUAGACAUUUUUUUUUUAACCUGUCUUGACUUCUAAUUCAGAAUGUUACCAAUUUAAAGAUGUUAAUCCCCCAAUGAUGCAUGAGAAUACCACACAAACAUUAACUUAACCAACUGCUCUCUCGUUCUCUUCCAAUUUUCCCUCACUUUCUCUCUUCUGUUUGGUCGCAAUUAAGGAUGGGAGAAACUGAAGAGGCUGGAUAUUGAAAAUCUCAUUUGGGACAUGUGGGGUUCCCUGGAGCAGAUAUUCUAAGUUGCGCACCAACCUGGGUCCAUGGAGAUGCUUCAGUUAAAAACUGAAGAUGUCUGUAACCAACCCAGCCCAUCCCAAAACGACAUAAUAUCUCUGGUCCACCAGGUGGCGAAACUGCUCUUUUUAAGUAGCAAACUGCAAAUGUACAUUCCCCCUUGAGAGUACAAAUGUUUUGCAAGUGCAUUUCAACACCAUGUUUGUGAGUAGUCUGUGGGGAAAAUUUGGAUCUACCACACAGGAAAAUUACACAUUAUAAUGUCCUUUUCAUUAUUUAAAUCGUAACUCAGAAUUGUGUCCUUUUACUCAUUCACCAAAGAUGACUAAGAAUGUUGUAGGACUUUCCAGUGUAACUACAAGAAUUCUCACACCAUUCAUAAUCUCUAAAGACAAAGAAGGAAACUAUUUGACCCAUUGCAUCAAUAUCAGCUCUUGGAUUUAGCCCAUCAAGCCUACUUCCCCAUUUGUUUCACUUUCACAUGUCUAUCGACUCCUACGGGGGUUAUUUACAGUAACCAAUUAGCACAGUUUGGAAUUUGGGAGGAAACUGGGAAAACUUGUUUGUGUAUUCUUACAAAAUACUUAAUUGCUUAUUCUAAAAGCUGCACCCUCGUGCAAAAACAAUGGGUUCAUACCUAUUUCCUGCAUUUACAUAUUUCUUGGACUGCUGGAGAUCUCUGCAAUCCAGAAUUUAGAGUAGCGUGGGAUUAGUGGAACAGAUUUCUAAAGUUGGGUAUUUUCUUUGGGUUUCUAUUGGAAAGCGAGCUCCUUAUUGAAACAUGCACCCCAUUAAAUCUUAAUGUAAAUUGAAUCCUAAAAUACUAAAACUAUGAUUGUGACAACUUAAAAUAAAAUGUUAUUUCCACUCCGUUUCAAUAAUCCCCUAAUUUAUUCUUUUUCUUUCAUUUUAUUCUUGUCUUGUUUCAUCAUAAAAGCAUCCUAUCUAACCUAUUUUUUUCCUCCAAAAAGUCACCAGUUUUACUACUAUUUUACUACUCUUGGCUUUGCAUUUAUUUAAUUACAAGUAUCUAUUUUGAAUUUAGAAACCAUAUUCAUUAAAGCCAUUAAACUUGCCAUGGAGAUUUUGAAUCCUAGAAAAUCCAAGAUUUAUUUAGACACAAAUGGAACAUGCCAAAUGGACAAGGUGAAAUCAUGACAGCUUGGGCAGACCCACAAGAAGAUUAGUUAUAGCCAGUGGACCAAUGUUUAAAGGUUUGCAAACUGAAUUUUGCACAUUGCACUCAUCAGGCUGUGAUAUUAUUAUGAUAAAAGACUGAGAUUGCAUUCUGCCAGUACAGAAACAAAAAUAUUUCUGAAUAAAGAGUGAUUAAAAGACACUGUCCAUUUUGUGACACACAUUAUUCCUGACUAGAUAGGUUUUACCAAUUUCAUAAUAUUACAUAAUUUGCAAUCCCAUUGCAGCCUGAUGAAUUAAUACGGUUUAAAUUUAUAUAUAGUGGAGCAUUCCAAUAAUAUUGCUGUGUUAUUGCAAUCCCCAGACUAGGGUGAAAGUCCUUCUAAUCAAACCAAUCUUUAGGAGUUUGACAGUUCCAAAAAGUAUGUUUUUCAUUAUCAUUUGAUCAAGUUGUAGCCAGGAUUUUUAUUCACCAAGUGACCUCCCUUGUGAAAGUACUAUGUUUGCAGUUGAUUGUGAUGGGGAAGUGGCAGGACAGUGCUUUGGAUUUGCUAUGGAUGGAGUUUGAUGGUGCUAAAAAGUAUUAAAGGAAAUCCUUCUAUUGUACAUCAGUACAUUUGCAGAACUUUCCAUGACAGCUUGGAACUUGAAUCAUAAAUUGUGGCAGCUAAUCCCAGACAUUUCAUAAGUGAGGACCUCUAAAAAUGUAACUAUAUCUGUGCAAAAUUAUCCCCACCACCACCUUGUUUGGGGGGGGGGGGGGGGGGAAAUGCUGAGUAAUCUUGGUAUUGAAAAUAGAUUUUUUUACACUGAGCAUCUUCUUGCUGCUCUUUCAAUUAGUGUUUUGAUGCUAUUGUCUUAAAAGUGUCAUUGUGAUGCCUUUAACCAGUUCUGAGAAAGUUGGUUUGAUAGUGUUAGGACUGUGAGGGGAUUCAGAAUUCUGGAAUACUGAUUGGGAUUGGUAUUGCUGGGUUGUCGGCAGUGGUUGUGCAAUGUAUGGGAUGUUGUAAAGUAGAAAUAUUACAUCUUGUGUGGGGAGGAAAUUGUAACAUAAAAAUCAGAGGAAAACCAUUAGGUUUCAGAUCAAGACUAUUGGGUUGUCAGGGCUCGAUACAACAUGUGGGUUUGUCGAGAAGGAUAGGAAUAGUAAAUUAAAGGUGGAAUAAAAAUUUGGUGCUUAUAGAUUGCCCAAAUGCUACAGAUUAAAGCCAUCAAAAGAGAUUAUUUUGGAAAAUUUGUUCAUGACAUUUUCUUGUAAUUUAUCCCAGUCCGAUAUCCAGUAUUAAUUAGGAGGCAACAAAAUACACAGUUUCAUGAAUGUGCAGCACUGCAUCAUGAAGCUGAACCUUUGCACAAAUCCAAAGUACAUGAAGCGUUUACCAAAUUAAAGCUGAAGAUUGCACAUCAUCCAAAAGGAGAGUGCAGUGAUUUUGGAAUCUACUAAAAAAAUAUAAAGGUUUAACUGAAGAAUGUAUAAAAACUGUGAAUAAUUUAUUUUUUUUACUGUAUAUAACAGAUCCCAAUUUGAUUAAUGAGAAAUGUUUGAAUAGAUCUGCAAUCCAAACAUUUUGUUUCUUUGUAUUGCUUUGAAAAACAAAAAACAAACAAAAAUGUAGAUAGUUGAAAUAAUAGUAACAAAACAGUAAAUUGAUAGGUCUCUGCCUCUUUAUUACACAUAUUGGCUAUUGGCAAAAAUUCACGAGUCAAAUGUGAUGCAAAUUGAUUUAAUCUUUGUGUGAUAUUUAGCUUGAGAAUAUCUAAAUGCAAUUGUAAUAUCUAUUUUACAUAAACACCUGAUUAAACAGCUUUAUAUUGUAUAUACAUUAUGAUUCAUUGUGAAUUGUGUUUAAAUUUUUAAAACAACUUAGUAGAAUAUUAGUCCUCAUGGAGGGAAAAUGCAAAUGUCAGCAAGGACAAAGAUAUUCAUGUAGUCUUAUUUAAAAGAAAAACCCAAAUCUGGUAUUUUUCUGUGACCCUGUUAAGAUUGAACUAUUCAUUUGAAAAGUUAGAUUUUGAAUCUUUAAAUGUAAUUCAUAACUAUAAAAUAGCUUACCCCUAGUUAUUUUAGAUAAUUCCUGUUUAUUUCAUUCCUGCAUUUAUGUAGCUAAAUCUAUAAAACAUUUAGACAUGAAGAGAGUUAUGUACCUUAACCUUGCUGGCUCAGAACUUAAGUUUCAAUAAAUGAAUCCAUCCUUGUUCAAAGAAAGUUCUCCAAAUUUCAAUUACCAUCUGUUCACUGGCUAAUAAUUUUCUCAAUCAAUGUCCAAUUUUCCUAUCUACUUAAAUUCAAUGUUACAUUGUCUUGCCGUGUACAUAAUAAAUGGACAGAAAGUGCUUGGCAAUCAAAUGAACACUGGGAACUAUUACUGUUAAGUACAACAUUGUAUCUUCAGUUUGGAGAUCUUUGAACAAAUUUAUCGGCAUAAACUGAUUUCUGUCAUCGACGAUGUCAGCAAGGUUUACUUCAUGGUUCACUACAUUUAAAACUUUGGUCAGAAGUGACUGAGAGCAACAUUACAGAAUAUCAUCUAAAGUAUGUUUCUUCAAACAUUUGAUUUUGUUUUGACACUUUAACCAAAUGAAUUCUUUAAUAUGCAAAUUUAUGUAUUUUAGUUUUGUAAUUAGUUUCUUUAGAACGUUUCUUUCAAAGUAAAUUUCAAGAUAUAUGCCAAUCUUGAUAGGUAUGAGACAAAGGAACAUUAUGAAUAUAUAGUAAAUAAUGUACAUGUACAAGCUGUCCUAUGGAAGAUUAAAUUCUUAUUUUGAAAAAUUUAGUGGAACAUCUUGGAAUGAGCUCUGUAAUUUGUGGAUGUUUCCUAAAUACCAAUAAAAUUCUGCUACAUUGUUAA